AUGGGCUGGCAGAUUGUUGAUCAAAGUGCGAGUUGGGGACGGGGAGCGAAGCGAGAGAAGACAAGAGCCUACGGCCAGACCAUCCGUCCUGAGGAUCUUUUUGAUACUUCCCGGCACAUGAUGUUGACGUGUGACACCUUAGGUAAUCUGACCGCCGGGCACUGCAUCUCCCCCCGCCUUGUCUGCCUGUCCUCUUGGACUCUUGAAGUCAGGGCGAUUUCGGCUACCAAUUGA